UUGAACAGUAACAUGGGGGAAGCCGAAGCAGUGCCCGCAGACGAAAAGCAGGCAGACUCGGGACUUUCACCCGUCGACGAAUCUGUAGUAUGGAGCCAAGAGGUGGAAGUGUGCCUCUUUCAUGCCAUGCUGGGUCAUAAACCUGUCGGAGUAAAUCGGCAUUUUCACAUGAUCUGUAUCCGUGAUAAAUUUAGCCAGAAUAUCGGGAGACAGGUGUCCUCUAAAGUAAUCUGGGAUCACCUGGGAACAAUGUACGACAUGCAGGCCUUGCACGAGUCUGAGAUACUGCCAUUCCCGAACUCAGAAAAGCCCUUCGUCUUACCAGAGGACAUUAUUCAAGAUGUGAAAGAAGGUAAACUGGGAUCAGAGGAGGAUGUGAAAGAAGAGUUCAAAGAAGAGAGAGACCCGCCAGCAACUCAUGAAGAAGGCAGUAAUUCCUCUGUGAAGACGAUGGAGAGAUCCAGCAGCAAAGAUAAAGAACGAGAAAAGGAUCGGGGAGAGAAAAAUUCGGGUGAAUCAGGCACUGCGAAAGAGGUAUCGUGGGAAAAGAGGAAACGGAAUCGCGCCACUGAGAAAGUGCUCAGUUCCAGCAACCCGUCCAGCCCUGGUGGAGCCAAACGCCGCAGGACAUAAACUCACCACCAGGGGGAGAUACAGACAGGCCUGCACGUACUGCAGCAGUGUUGGGGAGCAAAGACUGCCUGCUGGAGUCACUGACUGGUUUAAACUGGCAGUUAUGCUGAUGCUGAACAAGGGAGACGGAUGGUGAAUGGAGGAGAGAUGUAGAUGUGGUGCAGACUACACAGGAGUCAAACAUUAGUGUUAGGAUUGGAGGAUGAUGAUAUGAGCAGAGGAGAGCAAUAAACUAAUUUGCCCUUGUCAUUCAUUGGAGGGGAGAAGCAUUAAGAAACCAUAGAUUUGAGGUCUCUCUUUCCCGGCCAGUCUGCUACAUAAGGUUAAGGAAGAAUGAGACCUUCACCAUAACAUAUUCUGGGUAAUAUGUAUUUUCAGUUUGUUUUUUAUUUAGAGAUUCAAGUCUUUUUUUUUUUUGUGCUGUUUCCCUUCUUUCGUCUCCCUGUAUGCCUUUUUUGGAGAAACUAACAAAAAAACAAAGCUAUGAAACAUCUGAAAAUCAGAAUAGGUCAUCCUUUAUGUAUUGUACUGAACCUUUUCCCCCAUGAGCCGUCUUGAGGCUCCAUAACAUCCUUCACACAAGUUUGCUGAGCACAGAAAAUGAGGAUGACUACUGUGAUUGAAUUCCACGGUCUUAUUUUAAUUUUGUACAUCUGUGACGUUUCUGGACAAAGUUGACCGUCCAUAGACUUAAAAGCCUACGUAGGCCUGUUGAUUCUAGGUGGUAUAUUUAAGUUAAAGUCAAAAUAAAGCCAACACUGACCGGCCUUUACAAAACUUAAGUUUGCGUGGAAACCAGGUUUGAUUCUAUGUCUCAUUUUUUACCAGUAACACAACAGAUGUCAUCAAAUGUCACCUUUAGAUGAUUUCAAGCAGUUUCAAAACGCGUAUCCUGUAUAAACCUUGACACAUACCAGUCUGUGAUAAUCACUCAACUUAUUUUUUUGCUUUGACUGUUACUAUAGUCUCAGUGAUUUACACAAAAAUGCCUACAUUGUGCUCAUUUUACUCCAAAACAAAUGGUGAAAUUCCAGAUAAAUAUGGCUGAGCCAUUAAUUCCUAAAAGCAGGGUGAAACCUGGCACAAUGACAACACGUGAGGUUGUGCAAAAGAAGACUGGGGAAUCUGUAUGUCAUGAUGGCUUUAUAAGCACUUUUAAAGGGCUGUCCAAAAGCACAGCCGAUACAAGGACAACUCGAGCACAGCCCAAGAGUGAAGGAAAUCCUCCUUACAAUAAUUGUGUUGUAGUUCACAGUGUAAUUCCCGUGUUUAACGUUAAGCCCCCAAAUGUCAUUUUGCUGGUUUUCAGAUGAACGACAUCACAUUUGAUAUGGAAGCGAUGUUCCUGUGUGUGAUGAAGUCCAGAGUGUUUAUGUUAGAUGAAGACUGUAUACUCGUUUGUUCAGAGUUUUAGUUUCAUAGAAACAGUCUUUGUUACUCCUGUUUUUAAUCACGUCGCUUAUUGUACCACCAUAUGAUCUUGGUUAAAAUGAAUUUGCUUUUGCAUUUUUAUGUUUGUGUAAAACCAGGUCAUUGAUUGGGAAGGUGAAACCUCUGACUGACUAUAGGGCCCAGAUUCAGGAUAAAUUCAGAAAAUAGCGUUUAGGAAGGAUGACUUGUAAAGUCAAACUUGGGUUUUGAUGAAACAUUUUAUGUCAG